AUGAUGGUGCAGGAGGAAGAACCUUUCAAUCCGAAUUAUGUUCCUCAAGAAGAGCAGAUGGUGAAUCAAAUUGUGCUUGCUAGCCCAGUUCAACAGCAACCAUUUGUCUAUCAACAACAACAAUUAGUGGAGACUCAGGUAAUUGGUCAAGGUGCUGUUGGUGCUAUUGCAAGUGGUCCAACAAUUGGAAUGGAAUUGCAAGGAGUUUCUUCUCAGUUUGUGUGUAAGAAUUUAACACCUGAAAUGGUCAAUGAUGAAUUAGUGAAGAAUAUUUUCUUUGCCACUGGUGGAAAUACAAUGAUUUCAAUUGUGAGCUUUAUCAUUAACAAGCUUAUUUUAGUUGGAUUUGGAGAAGCAGUAAUGGUAAAUUAUGUAAUAAGGAGACAAGUUAAAAAUAUGAGAAUUGGAAAUAGAAUGUUGAAUUACAAAUCAAGAGGAAAUAUGAAAUUGGCCAUGUACAGUGUGGUCAAUUGGAUGCUGAUCUUGUUUACUUUGGGAUUAUUUUACAUUCUAGGAUAUAGCCACGAAUUCUUUUAUGCUCAACUCGAUGCCAGAAUUUAUUGGGGAAAACCAGCAAAGGUUUCUAAAAAGAGGAAUCAAUAUUUGAAAGAAGCUGUUUGUUGGGAACCUAUUGGAACUGGAAUGGGAGAAUUCAAGAUUUUCAGUGUUUAUUUGGGAGUUGGUCAUGAGCUAUUGUACAUUUUCUUGUACAUUUCAAAUAUCUUCCUUCUUGGUUUGCUUUCUCCAGUCAUUUACAGAUUCUACUUUUCCAAAUAUUUUGAAAAAGUUGAACUUGGAAGAGGAAGAUUUGCUGUCAUUCAUCCAAAAAUGAUUUCCUCAAUUAACAAGCAUGCAACCAAACGAAGCAAACUUAAAAAACACAAAAUUGAACAACCAACUGAAAUCUAUCCAUGUGAAUAUCCAGUUUUAGGAUUUUCUCCACAUUCCUCUCAUGAAACUUACAAACUCCAAUUGAAAUUUGUUCCUGACCUUGGUCAAUUAGUCAGAUUCUUUGUUACUGUUCGUUUAUUGACUGUUCUUUCAUGUGGUUUAUUUGUUAAAUGUUGCUUGGAAAGUUAUGCAAGGAAUUUCAUGAACAGAAACGUUACUGUUGAUUUGGAGCUUUCUGAUAUGAGAAUGGAAACCGAAUCGCCUCAAUCCCCAAACACCUUACAAGCGACCUCAACAAUUGUCAUUUCUCAGGUUGGUUGGUGGAUUGGAACCACUUCGAAAACUGUCAAAUAUCACUCUCGCAAUUAUAUUUCAUUAUUUAAGCGUUUAGAAUCGAGAAAUGUCGAAUCUGAAGUGAUUCCAAAACUGCCAAGUCGUGGAAUUGCUGCAAUCUUGCCUCCAAAUGAGCUAAACGAGAUGGAGGGUGAGUGGCCAAAGCAAAUUGGACCAGAUUUUGUUCGAUCUCAAGCUCUGCCAAUAACUAAUUCAUCAUUUCCAAACGAAACUAUUGAAUCAACCCUGAAACCAGUGAUAACUCACAUGAAAUUCAAUCAUCCAUACGAUAUCAGUCGGUAUAACAAAUUAGAAACACUACCAGGUACUGAAUGUUCCACAAUGUCAGAUGCUUCAAGUGCCUGGAAUCCAAUUGACACUUCGAGAAUGCCAAAAAAGUCGAUUGAGGAUUUGUUGGUCAUGUGGCCAAACUUUGUGCCAGCCACAGUGAGAACAGUUCUUACAAGGAAUAUGAUUCUGGAUGGUGAUAGAUCAGCAACCGUUCAGUUAUCAGAAUCGAAUAGAAAUGUGAUUGAAAAUCCUACAGUUAAAGAAACUAAUUUCGAAUCCUAUUUAAAUGAACACAUUGCCGUGUUUGAUCAAAUGAAUAAGUUUCCCAAUAUGGAUAGAACUCUGGAAGAUUGGAAAGUAGAAAUGAAUAAUCUUAACUUUGUCCUAAAUUCAGAUAAAUUUGACGAAUCUCAGCAAGAAGAUCAUUUACCAAUUUGGCUCCGUGCUUACAAGAGAACCAGUCCACUAAAAGAAGUUCUUGAAGGAGUUUGUAAAGUUAGAGAUAUUGAAAAAUCAAUUCUCAUUAUCACCAUAGAUGGUGAAGCAUUCCUGUCAGUCCUCUCUGAAAUUCUACUUGUGAAAUGCGUAAAAAUUCGAAUCUAUUUCCAUGCUUUCAAGAAUAGUUUACAAAAUUUGAUGGGACCAAACUUUGACAAUGCCUUCACACAAGAAAAGAGUACCAAAUUAUUGACACAUGCCUUAUAUGGAUUAUAUUUGUGUUUUGUCAAGUACAAGUAUCCAUAUGUCAUUACCUUAGAAGAUGAUAUCAUUCCAUUCUCUGAUUUUUACAAUUAUCAUCGAUCUCUGUACAAACACACAAUUAAUGAAGCUUCUCCAUACUUUGCCAUUUCAUCCUAUGCUCAUGGAAUGACUCAUAAUUGUAGAUACACAGCAUCUGCUCUGUAUAGUGCUGGAUUAAUUAAUAACAUACCAAGAGGUUUUAGAGGAUUCACUGAACAUUGUAAAUUGACAGAUGUCAAUCAUUUGGUGAUGGAAAAUUAUUAUGCUGUGUGGGGAAGUGGAAUGCCUCUGAGAACUUUUAAGAGAUUAUUCAUUACAUGGCUCUAUUUACCAAUUAAAUCCAAUCACUUUUUGGGAUCAUUAUUGAGGGAUUUGAGAAGACAUGAUGAGAGAAUGAUUAGUCCAUGUUCUAAUAGAAUUAGUAGAAUUGAUAAUGUUGGAAUGAAUGGAGAGAGUUGGUAUGAUCAACAGGAGAACCCUCGAUGGUGGGUUGUUGCUGCUGGAAUGAGUGAGAAGGCUCAACAGGAUGACUAUGUAACGAAUUGGAAAUAUAAUCAGAGAGAAUACUCUGUUCUCCAAUAA